GUUGCACACUACAGGUCACAUUUUAUCAUAAAAACUAAGUGACAACCUGUGUUCAGCUGUUUAUUUCUCACUUGUUACACCUGGAGCUAUGAAGACUGUUUUCUGUGCCCUGGCUUUGCUUGUCCUAGCGUCAGCUUCCCCUUUUCGCAGCUAUGAAACUCGAGCCACGUCUCAUCCAGGACACUGUCCAGCCUCCAGUGGGUUGGCUGGUAUUUGUCAGUUUAUCCCUGGUUUCAACUGUCUUAGCGACGCGGAAUGCGCUGCCGACAUGAAAUGCUGCUCUGAAGGGUGUGGACGAGUAUGUAAGGAAGCAAUACAACCACGUAGAGGUAAGAUAACACAGGUACUUGUCCGGUAGACACAGCAAUCACCAUAUGUCUGGUUACCAAGGACAACUGCAUGAGUGAUAGCGAAUGCCACGCCCACCAGAGAUGUUGCCCGCACGGGUGUGGCAGAGUAUGCAAAACCGUGUAAAAUAAAUAGAAGAACGUUCGACCAUCUCAAUAAAUAAAACAUAGCACAGA